AGUCAGUUCUAUCGUCGACGCCAGUCAUUGCUCAGCGUCUCUGGGGAGAAGACGAGCUCGUGCCAAGCAGUCGUCGUCUUCGCCGUGGCGGUAUCGGCGUCGGUCUCCCUACACCUUACCGUUCGUCAUCGACAUCCACCCAAAAAGGGAAGCUUCAUACCUACCGAGUUUGGCAUAUGCGCAUUGUUGUGUUUUUGGUUUAUGGAAUAUCGUGAAGUGUGUGAUCACAGCGAGCGUUUUCGUAAAGUGUCUACUGCUGUUAGAAGAGUGGAAAUCAGUUAUUGUAAGCGUGCCAGAAAAACCCCGAAAAUAGUGAAUAAAUUUAGUGAAAUACAGAGUGUCCAGAGUGAGUGAGCAAUGCAAGUAUGGAAUCGAUUAGAAGAAAGCUGGCCACAAACCCACGGGAGAAUGCUAACAUCCUGUCGGUGCUCACGUUUUGGUGGACUAUAGAUCUGUUCAAAAAAGGUUACACCAAAGUGUUGGAACUGCAGGACCUGUUCAAACCACUCGAAGUCGACAAAUCGGAAACACUCGGUGAUCGGUUAGAAACAAAAUGGUUCGCACAACAGUCCGGCCCGGGACGGCCUUCGCUCAUCAAGGCCAUCUUCAAAACCUUCUGGUGGGAGUACACCAUCCUUGGGUUCAUCUGCGUCGUCAACGACAUCUUCAUCCGGCUGGCUCAGCCGAUUUUCCUUGGUUGGCUGCUGCAGUAUUUCAGGAAAGAUACCGAUGUGACACGCGAAAGUGCGCUGUACUACGCAGGCGCAAUCGUCCUACUGAAUGCACUGAGUGUGAUAACUAUCAACCAGUACAUUCUGGGCAGUUUCCAGAACGGGAUGAAAGUGCGAAUCGCCGUAUGCAGUGUGAUCUACCGGAAGGCACUGCGGUUGUCUCGGACGGCCUUGGGAGACACGGCACCCGGUAAGGUGGUAAACUUGCUGUCCAACGACGUCAACCGGUUCGACAUUGUGUCGGUGUUCCUGCAUUCGAUGUGGUCUGCUCCGCUGUUGACCAUCAUCGUCGGGGUGUUGCUGUACAUGGAAAUCGGAGUGGCAGGGUUGAUCGGGAUGAUUGUGAUCUUCAUAGUGACCCCGAUUCAGGCCUAUACGGGCAAGUUGACGUCCCGGUUUCGACUGCAGACGGCGCUGAGAACAGACGAGCGUAUCCGGUUGAUGGACGAGAUUAUAUCCGGGAUCCAGGUUAUUAAGAUGUACGCGUGGGAGAAGCCGUUUGCGAAGCUGAUCAAGCUGGCUAGAAGGCUGGAACUGAAGAUUGUGAAGAAGAGUUCUUAUGUUCGGGGGUUGUACAUGACGUUUCUGCUGUUCACGACCAGAAUGGCGCUGUUCUGUACGAUGAUGGCAAUGGUUUUGCUAGGAAACGAUCUAACGGCUGCCAAGGUAUUUGUUGUUUCGACGUAUUUCGGAAUCUUGGCCAACACGAUGUCCGCUAUGUUUGUGAGAGGAAUUGCGGAAAUCGCAGAGGCGAUGGUCGCCAUGAAGCGUUUGCAGCGUUUCCUCGAGUAUGCGGAGAAGGAAGGAGAAAGCGAGGGAGAAGCCAAGCAGAGGCUGCUUAAAGAUUUCGAACCCAAUGGAGACGUUUCCGAGAAACAGAAGCUGAUCGAAUCGGAUACACAGCUGCCACCGAAAGUGGCGAUUUCGAUGAAGAAUGUUACGGCUCGAUGGGGAGCUGUUAAGCGCCAGGACUUGCCUGGAUCUAAGCCCGAUGCCAAAAAUGGAUCCGCACCAGUGCCGAAAAUUGUCGAUACGGUGAGGAAAAUGGACGAGGAGGAUGAAUCUUGGAAGACUGCUACGUUGUCGAACAUUAACGUAGAUUUCAGAAAAGGCAUUUUGAUAGGAAUAAUUGGACCGGUAGGAGCGGGCAAAUCGUCUUUAUUGCAAGCUAUGCUGAAGGAACUGCCAUUAGAAUCGGGAUCAAUUGUCAGCAAAGGAAAGUUUGCAUACGUUAGUCAAGAACCGUGGGUCUUUGCCGGAACGGUACGACAGAACAUUCUGUUUGGUCAACCGAUGGAGAAGGAUCGAUACGAUUCCGUUGUGCAGGCUUGCGCUCUACUGAGAGAUUUCGAACAGCUACCGCAUGGUGAUAAGACAAUCAUAGGAGAACGUGGAGCAGCGCUUUCCGGGGGACAGAAAGCAAGAAUAAGUUUAGCUAGGGCUGUGUAUCGAAGAGCCGACAUAUUCCUGAUGGACGAUCCGCUCAGUGCCGUGGAUGCUCACGUGGGUCGCCAUUUGUUCGACAUUUGUAUAGGUCCUCGAGGACGGUUAGGCAAGCUGAAAACAACGAGGAUAUUGGUCACACAUCAAGUGCACUUCCUCAAAGAAGCCGAUUGGGUGAUAGUAAUGAAUGAGGGUAAAAUAACAAUACAGGGAACACCGUACGACCUUUCGCAAAACGGAAUAGACUUUGUAGAGUUACUGGAGAAGCUCGAAGAAGAAGCCGGAGAUGGUGAAAGUUCAAUCAUGACGUCGGAUAGAAGAAGUCGCCGCGGAUCACGUGCCUCGUCCAGAUCCAUUGCCUCUUCGCAACACUCGCUGGAAGAUCUCGCGGAAGAUGAACAGCACGAAAAGAGAGAAAAGGAUAAAUCCAAAUCACCGGAAGCUGAUCAGAACAUGGAAAUGAGUUCCAAAGGAACUGUACAGGGAUCGGUUCUGCUCAACUACGUUCGCUGCGGUGCAAAUCCUGUGAUAUUGCUUGGUCUGUUGAUACUGUUUUUGGGUACACAGCUGGCAGCUAGCGGAGCCGAUUUCUGGGUUGCGUUUUGGACAUCCCAAGAAGAGCAACGUAUAUUUUUAAGACAAAACAACACUGAUCACAGCGAACCAAUCGAAAGAGCGAACAACUCCUCUAUUCUAGAAGAAGCUCUAUCGGAAAUAGAUUCCUCCAACGGAUCCCUUCGAAGUACAGAGUUUUGCAUGACAGUCCAUGGAGCUCUAGUGAUAAGCAUCUUUCUAAUAGCAAUCUCACGAUCCAUAAGCUUCUACCGAACGUCGGUACGGGCAUCGCAGAACCUGCACGACUCUAUGUUCAAGGGAUGCGUUUCGACUUCUAUGCGCUUCUACGACACCAACCCGUCCGGACGUAUUCUUAACCGAUUCUCCAAGGAUAUGGGAUCGGUCGAUGAGCUGCUGCCGAAAGCAAUUUUGGACGCAACGCAGAUUAUUCUCAACAUGAUUGGUACGAUCAUCGUCACCGUCGUUGUAAAUCCGAUGUUCCUCAUUCCGUUGGCAUUCCUGGGGGUGAUAUUUAUCUACCUGCGGAAGAUUUAUCUCAAGACCUCGAAGAAUGUUAAAAGGCUCGAGGGAAUCACACGUUCUCCAGUCUUUUCGCAUCUAGCUGCGUCGCUAGCUGGUCUUCCAACGAUUCGAGCCUUUGCUGCCCAAAAUGAACUGAUCAAAGAGUUUGACUCCCAUCAAGACAUCCAUACGGCUGCCUUCUACAUGUUCAUCACCAGUAGCACGGCCUUCGGCUUUGCGUUAGAUCUACUGUGUCUUAUUUUCGUUCUGAUCGUAGUGUUUAGUUUUCUCGUUUUGGAUACAAACAUCUUGGGAGACCGGGUAGGGUUAGCUAUCACUCAAGCGAUGGCCCUGACCGGUAUGAUGCAAUGGGGUAUUCGACAGAGCGCAGAAGUGGCCAACUUCAUGAUGUCUGUCGAACGUCUGCUCGAGUACCGUGACCUUCAACCGGAAAAGCAACCGGAUCCGCCAAGGAUUUUGAACAAAGGCUGGCCCGAAGCUGGUCGUAUCCUGUUUAAGAAUGUCUCCUACCGUUACUUUGAAGGCGGUAACCUAGUACUGAAAAACUUAAACUUCGAGAUCAAUCCAAUGGAGAAAAUUGGAAUUGUGGGCCGAACUGGAGCUGGCAAAUCUUCUCUAAUAGGAGCACUAUUUCGCUUGGCGCAAGUCGAAGGUGAUAUCCUGAUCGACGGAGUAAACACAGGGGAAAUUUCAUUGGAGAAUUUGAGAUCGAAGAUUUCAAUCAUUCCUCAAGAUCCGGUUCUGUUCUCUGGAACCCUCCGGAGAAACUUGGAUCCGUUUGAAGAUUUCCCCGAUACGGAUCUUUGGAACGCGCUGGAGCAAGUCGAACUGAAGGAAAUUGCCAACGGUCCGCUGGGUCUGCAGAUGGCCGUUGCCGCUGGUGGAUCAAAUUUCAGCGUAGGACAGCGACAGCUGAUCUGCCUGGCUCGUGCCAUCUUGAGAAGCAAUCGUGUGCUGGUACUGGACGAAGCUACGGCGAAUGUGGAUCCAAACACCGACCGGCUGAUCCAGGAGACAAUCCGUAUCAAGUUCGCCAACUGCACCGUGCUGACGAUCGCCCAUCGCCUAAACACCAUCAUGGACUCGGACCGGGUACUGGUGAUGGAUGCGGGCGAAUCCAUCGAGUUCGGAACGCCACACGAUCUGCUCCAGAUGCCGGUGGGUGUGUUCAAGGAAAUGGUUCUGGCUACGGGACCGUCCGAGUCGGAGAGACUCAUACAAAUUGCCAAACAAAAACACGAUGAAAUCGAGGCCAGUGGGUAGAUGUAACAAAACAAUCGGAUAUUUAGGGGGAAACGGUGCGCAGUCGGAAGUACAAAAAGUGACCUUAUGAAGAUUUGUUCAGAACAAAUGAUGAUUUCCGGUGAAAUCAAGAACCAAAUAAUUUUCCAGUUUAAACAGUCUCAAUUGAUGAAGAAUCUGUUGUAAUCAGUAAGUUGUACCGCACUUCCUUUUUACUUAAAAUUACUUAAUUACGUAACAGCUGCUGAUAUGCAACUUGCUAACUAAAUCGAAACAAGAAUAAUAAUUUCUCCUUAAUGUUAUUUUCAUGUUGAUCACUAUUAUGUUAUGAUAUUAUACAUAUAUUAUUUGGUUUGUACGCAAACUACAAUGUUCAUUUGCUUCAAGAUGAAACAUUUUGGAAUCUAAAUUUAAAUUUGUAAUAAAUAUUAUCUUUGAGAUUAGUGUCUUUAAAAAGCCAUAUUUAGUUUCUGGAAUGUUUCAUCUUGUACUAUCAAUAAACCAUUGCCAAUAAAAACAAA